UGAGAACUGACAUGGUGGAAAACAUUGAAGUUUUCAUCAUUUUCUCCACAUUUUAUUGAAUAUCACAACCAUGAUUGAAAAUAGGGACUUCAUAGCACUUGGCGUAAAUGCUGCAAUGUCAAUUGCAGCAUUCUUUGUAACAUGGCUGGUAAUUCCUCUCUUCAGAGACAUGUUUCUAAAGGCUAACCUCUAUGGUGUUGACAUGUCCAAAAAAUCAAAACAAAAAGUGCCAGAGUCUGCAGGGGUUAUAUGUGGUACAGUGUUCCUGAUAGUGCUGUUUCUCUUCAUACCUGUUCCAUUUUAUGACCAGCUAACCUCAAAGCUUUUCCCACACCAUGAGUUUGUUGAAUUGAUAGCAGCCUUAUUGUCCAUAUGCUGUAUGAUCUUGCUGGGAUUUGCUGAUGACGUGUUAGACCUACGGUGGAGACACAAACUAUUGCUACCAACAAUAGCGACACUUCCACUCUUGAUGGUGUACUUUGUCAAUUAUAACUCUACUCUUAUAAUAAUACCAAAACCUCUGAGGGGUCUUAUAGGACAAGAUCUGGACCUAGGUUUCUUAUAUUACAUCUACAUGGGUAUGUUAGCCGUAUUCUGUACCAAUGCCAUUAACAUCCUCUCUGGAAUCAAUGGUUUGGAGUGUGGACAGUCCUUCAUUAUUGCAGUAUCAAUAGUCACAUUCAACAUAAUGGAGCUUACAGGACAAUUUAGUGAUGCCUACAUAUUUUCCCUCUACUUCAUGAUGCCUUUCACAGGGGUGUGUUUAGCUCUACUCAUUCAUAACUGGUAUCCUUCACGAGUAUUUGUUGGGGACACAUUUUGUUACUUUGCUGGUAUGACAUUCGCAGUUGUUGCAAUAUUGGGACACUUCAGCAAGACUUUAAUGCUGUUCUUUAUACCACAAGUCUUCAACUUCUUGUACUCAGUGCCUCAGUUGUUCCAUUUUAUACCAUGCCCCAGACAUAGGCUACCAAAAUAUAACGAAAAACUAGACAAAGUCAGUAUGAGUUUUACAACUUUUAAAGAAAAAGACCUCAAUAUUCUUGGAUACUUGAUGUUUAAAAUCCUGGCCACCUUACGGCUGGUUGAUGUUAGAACUGGUGUAGGAGAGGAUGGGGAAUAUACUGAAUGCAAUAAUCUCACACUCAUUAAUCUUAUACUGAAGUUUGCUGGACCCACUCAUGAGGAGAAACUAACUCUAGUCUUACUGGCAAUUCAAGUAUUAUGCAGUAUUGCGGCCUUUAUGAUACGCUUCCAGUUUGCGAAGGUCUUCUAUGAUGUCAUUCACUAAAUACUUAAAGAACUUUAUAGGAGUCAACUUUAAAAGAACUAUAUUAUUUAUUUUUACAAUUUGUAUACCAUGAUGUGCAUGUAUUAGAAGGUGGAGAGUGUAGAGGGUUUCUUAAAUCAAAAUGAAUUUGAACUGGAUGAUUUUGAAGUGAUAGUAAAUAUAAUUUAGUUGUAUGUUUUAAAGGAACAAUAUAAAUUCACUUCAGUUUCUAACAUUUGUUUAGAAAGUAAUUGUUGACACAUGUAUUUUGAAAAAAGUGAUACAUUUCAAGUUAUGUGAUAUUUUCAAAAAGUGUAUAGCCUAUUUAUUUUUAAAAUAGCUCCUUUUUGGGGUAUGUACAUUACAUAUGAUAUCAGAUCGGUUUAGUUGAACCUUGAUUGUGUAUGUUCUGUUUAGGAUUAAGGAUUGAGUUGGGGUAAUUCAGUUUUUUUUUUAGUUGGGGAGAUUCUGAAUUUGUAUUAGAAUCUGUAUUAAUUUGAAUUAAAUAUUCAAAAGUUUACAUAUCUUUCGCUUAUUU